AUGGGCAGUUUUACCAAAUCUCAAAUUCGACCUGACUACUAUCAAAUACUAGAAAUUUCACCUUCUGCACCACAAGCAGAGAUUAGAAAAGCUUAUAGAAAAUUAGCAUUGAAAUAUCAUCCCGACAAAAAUGCAAAUCAAUGUGCUAUUGUACCGAACGCUUCUAAUAAACGUAAUACGCUUAACGAACACUUUAUUUCAAUCAAUGAGGCUUAUAAUAUUCUUUCAAAUGAAGAAUCUAGAGCUAAUUAUGAUAUUCAACGCCUCACUGGUAAUUCAAAUUUAAAUGACGAGUCCUCUAGUACAUUAGAGUAUAUGCAUAAGCUAUUUCGUGAAAUCAUGUCAUACAAAGAAACUAUUUCAGAGCUUUCUAAUUCAUUUAUGACUCGUUCAGUCGAGCUAGGUUGGGUUGCAGUUAAUACUGAAGAACAGCUUUUUAGCACAUAUGAAAGGGAAAUAUCUUUAAUAGAAUCAAGCAUUCUUGUUGAACAUGAAGAAUCUUCCACGCCACCUUUUAUUGAUGCUAAUCAAUAUGAUAAUGACAUUUCAGUCAAUUAUCUUCCUGAAGAUGACAUUAUUCAAAUCCUAGAAAAUCCUCAAUGGAUAGUUAUUGAUAAAGAAACUUUAGUUCGCAGCCAUCAACUUUCAGAUUUUAUUGAAUCACAAAAUUUACUUAUUAAAUCCAUUUCAGAUAUAAUUUCACCAUUAAUGAUGGCUUGUUCUUACGGCACGUGGAGUUAUGAAAGCAAAGUGGAAACAUUGGUCCGAAUUAAAUCAUUACAGUCAAAGAUUAUACAAUAUUUAGAAUUUAUGAACCAAAAGAUAAAAACAGAUGAACAAGCUUUUGAUUCCAUCAUUAAUAAAAUAAAAACAGAUAAUAUUCAAGAACAAAUCAUAAGCUUAAUCAAACAUCCUAUCAUGAAUAAAAUGUCUGGUGGUAAGUUUGGACAGAAUGGACAUCCAAUAUGGAAUGUAGCUGCACUCAUAGGGCCACCAUUUGCUGGAUAUUCACUCUACUGGUCCAUCCUUUGCCUUAUUAUUUUAGGUGCAGUAACCGUUCAUUUCAACGAAGGAGAUUUAGAAAGUUUUAAGCAAUUUCUGGAUUUGUUUGAAAACAUUGUUGCAUUGUUUGAUAAAAUUAAAGCAUCAUAUGUCUACAUACAACGUCCAUAUCAUGAAAUUAUGGGUAUAGACAUCCAGGACUUCGAAAUUAUUGGAAGAGCUCUUGUCAGCGAACUUCGAUUUGCACCUGAUUGA